CCGAUUACGCUAAAAAAGACGACGCAUCCAAAACGCUGGCAAAAUCACACGAAUACACAUUCUUUGCUAUUGAAAAGAAAACGACGCUAUGCGAUGCGAAACACUUCAAAAUGACGGCAUCUGAAUUGACUCUUCACUCCGCCCUGCAACUGCUCAACUCUCCCAUUAAGAUUCCCCUCCUCGGAUUCGGAGUCUACGACUCUCACACAGAAGUAUGCAUCGCUUCCAUCCAAACAGCUUUGAAAAGUGGAUAUAGACAUAUCGAUACCGCGCACCCUCGCAGGUCAUACGGAAAUGAAGAAGAAGUUGGCCGCGCCAUAUUAUCCUCUGGUGUCUCUCGUUCCGAAUUAUUCAUCACAUCAAAAAUCCGAGUCCCUGCCGACGGUGCGCAAGAUCACUACUCAUCAAUUCUCGAAAGUAUCCAAAAGAUUGACCCAGGUCCCGAAGGCUAUGUGGAUUUGUUUUUAAUCCAUAGCCCGAAACCGCCCACGAAUGUGAGAAUGCGUGUUUGGUUUGCGUUGGAAAGGCUACUUGCUGAGAGGAGAGUAAAAAGUAUUGGUGUUAGUAAUUGGGAUGUGAGCCGGAUUGAAGAGAUGAAAACCUGGGGGAAGAGAGAUGGAGCUGUUUGGCCGCCGAUGGUAAAUCAGAUUGAGCUUCAUCCAUUUUGCCAGCAGAAAGAAAUUGUCUCCUAUUGCCACACUCAUAAUAUUGCAAUCGAAGCCUACUGCCCCAUCGUUCGUAAUCAACGGGCGAAUGACCCGACCCUUUGCUCUCUUGCGGAGAAAUAUAGGGUGUCUACGCCGCAGAUUUUGAUCCGUUAUUGUUUGCAGAAGAAUUGGGUAGCGUUAGUGAAGAGUGACACACCGAAAAGGAUCGUGGAGAAUAGUGACGUGUAUGGAUUUGAGCUUACGGGGGAGGACAUGCGGCUGUUGGAUGGGCUGAAUGAGGGCGCUGCGGGGGCUAUUGUCUGGGCUGUCAGGAAGUAAUUCUUGGAUCUUUUCUGCUUGACUAUUUGUUUACGUUGAGGUUUCGAGCUUUUCCUGUAUCUAAAGAGAGAGCUUGGCAUUAAAUCUUGGUCCUUAAUACUCUCCCAAUUUAAC